AUGGCCAUUCUGCAGCCGUAUUCUUUCACUGCCAAGGUACCUGAAGCAGCGGGAACCUUUGAGUUGCAGAUCCGUUUGGUGCGCAAUGAGAAAGGGGUGCUGGCUGACGGACGCUGCUGCCGUGGAGGGCUGGAUCCACCGUGUCCUGCGGGAGAACAAUGCCAGACGUUCUUCCGAGCCUGCCUGAAAGAAUACCAGCUGCGGGCACUUCCGGGAGGGCCCUGUGUGCUGGGUGCGGCCACCACCCGAGUCCUCGGAGGCAACGUUUUCUCCACGGCUCACCGGAAGCCCCAAGAUCGUGCUGAUAGGAUGGUGGUCCCUUUCGACUUUGCCUGGCCGCGCUCCUACUCGCUGGUCCUGGAGGCGUGGGAUGCUCCCAAUGACACGGAUGUCACCACUCCAGGAGCCGGGCAGCUGAUGGAGCAGGUGACGCGCUCGGGGAUGCUGAACCCGGGCGAGGGGUGGCAGGAUCUGUGGCACCAUGGCCGUGGCACUUCCCUGGAUUACCGGAUCCGUGUCCGUUGCCAGGAGCACUAUUACGGCCCAGCGUGCAACAUCUUGUGCCGCCCCCGGGACGAUUUUUUCGGACACCACGGCUGCGACACUGCCGGCAACAAGAUCUGUCUGGACGGCUGGACGGGAGACGAGUGUACGAGGGCAAUUUGCCUCCAGGGAUGUCACGAAACCCAUGGCUAUUGCGAGGAACCUGGUGACUGCAGGCCCAUCAGAGACACCGUUUGGGGAGCCGAGAGUAAUAGCUCCUCUCGCCUGGGCUGGGUCAUAAAAUCGCCCCAGCAACCCUGCCAGGAAGCGUUGACUCUCAGCCAGGAAAAUUAA